UAGAAAUUUUCUCGAUCCUUGAGGCAACCCAGGCAAAAGUUGUACGCCCGUAAAUGAGAUUGGAUUUCUCUAUCCAAAAAAUCGCCUUUGUAAUGGCUCUCCCGUAUCGGAAUCCGUUUCGGGGCAUUGUUUAUCUCGACAGCCGUGCGAAGACACUCAAGAAUCGCUCGAAGGCGCUUGUUUAAAGUGUGAAAAUUGUGCGAGCAAUUUUGUCCGGGACCGAACUGAUAUGAAGACAAAAAUGGCGUCUGGUAGUGCAUCAUCGAUGGAAAAAAAAUACUGGUGUUGAAAAUAAGGAUUUGCCAAAGGCUAGUGCUCUCCUGUGCAAGGCGCAGUUUAUGGAAAGUUAAAUGUGGGGGGAACAUUGGUGAACACAAGUGUUUGAAACUGAAACGAUUUCUUGGUUAUCAGUGUUAAUAUCCGGUAAUUGUCGGCGAGUGUCAAACAAAAAUAAAUCAUAAAACUUGUACGAUUGGGCAAACAAAAGUGUAUUGAACUUUGUUUUUGUUGACAAUCGAGAGGUGAUUUAAAAACAAUUGGAGACCGGUUGCGAAUUUGGUCUCCGAGCUAGAGAGCGGGAUGUCCAGUUCGGUGUUCAAGAUCUAUCCAUCGUCAUCCGACUCGAACAGGGAGGAAGAACCAGCGCUUCAGGCUGACGGAGAAGCUUCAUCGGUUCCGCCGGAAGCCGUCGGAACGUCCGUGGAUGAUCGCCUGAAGAUCGAUUCCAAUCUGGUGAUUGUCGUCGGGAAAGAUGGGAGUGUGCAUGUCGAUCAGAAAACGCUGCACAGUUUACUAGCAAACGAAACUACGGAUACCUCUGUGAGCGUAGUACGCAUAACUUCCCCGACUCCCAGCAUCGAGGAAGAAAUCGAGGAAGAGCGUCGGUUGCUGCAGGAACAAAAACUGGAACAGGAACUGGAAUCUCUUACCGGGGAAGACUCGGAUAAUUCACCAGAGUCUUCCAACGCUGCAUCGUCAUCCGCUGCUGGCAGUGGAACCGGCAAGAGCGACUCGGCGUCCGGUGCUACUUCCGCACCUAGCGCUGCAGGUCCCGCAGGAGUGGUCACCAGACGGUCUAAAACGGUUGGUAAAAAAGACGAUGUCCUUUUGGAUGGCGAUGAAACUCCUCACGUAAGCUUGAUGGUAGAAGGUUUCUAUCCACCGGCAGAAGCUAAGAAAUUUGCGUCGGAAAUUUUAACGUUAGCAGGAUUGCAAAAACCGCUAAGCGUUGAAACGGCGAUCGAUUACGAGUUCCAACGGUAUGUGAUUGCUAAUGAUCACUGCUAUACACCGUUGACUUCACCGAGCCAAAAGUUGCCACCCAGACCAUAUUACGAACAGAUAGAUUCUCCUACAAGAGAGGUAAAAUCUAGUGAUCACAUUCGAGAGGCAGCCACCGUUCAAUCUAUUGACGAAGGGCAUACCGGAACUGGUAGGAAGAGAACGUCCAGUAAGGUUCCAACCCCUACUCCGACUACAAGCAGUUCCCGCCGAAGAAAAUCUACUUUCCAAAGGGAAGAACGCAGCGAUGCUGCAGAACUGCAGAGUAUUCUAGAAGGCACUGACUCUGAGUACUCGGAAGAAAGCUCAUUUCCAGAGGAUGAUGAUAGCGACAGUGAUUUCGAUUUCAGUAUUACUGGAAAACAAUCAAAAAAGAGAAAAUCUGGAUCAAAGAGCAAAUCUGGCUUGAAGAUAGCCACUAAGAGAGAUGAAUUCCAUGAAAUUAAGGAGGCUAGAAAGAAGACACCGAAAGUUGCCAAGAAACCAGAAGUGAAAGUGGUUACACCGGUUGGUCCUGUCAACAAGCAAAUAACGCCGAAAACCUACGGUCCGAAACGCGAUUUAAGUAAACAGAUAGAGUUAUCAGCUUCGGCUGCUCCUGUCGCACCCGUCGUUGUGACUGCCAUCCCCUCUACAACGAUAACCACACCCGUUGCCAUUGCUACACCAGUUAUCAAGAAAGAUAAGAAACCGAUAAAACCUGCUCCUCAUGUUGAAGCCCUUUUCAGUGAUAUGACGUCAUUGUUUUCAACACCUGACAUUAUCAAAAAGGUUGGCACGAAUCGACCCAAUCAGCCAACUUCCCUAGCUUCGGUAUCAUCGUCUAUGCCAACAAGCAGUUCAUCGAAUAUUCAACGUGGGUUCAUACAACUAUCACCAGUAAUUGUGAAAGGCACGCAGAAAGUGCCGCCUCAAAUCUCAAUUCAAACGCAUACCACCACUGCCGAGGAUAAACAACUUGAUUUGAUUGAUUCUCUCGUUCAGCAAGAAAUGGCUCAGGUCGACAUGAAACAGGCUCAGCCACCGCAACUGAACGAGGAUAUUGUAAAAAUAUUGGAAAAUAACUUACCACCUGGAGGAGUCCCCGAGUCGGGCCUGCCUAUUACUGACAACAGUAUUCUGGCCGCGCUCGGCUCCAGUGACGAUGGGCUUCCGGAGGAUCUCUUGCAACAUGUUGCAGAGCUGGCCGAAAACAAGGAACUCCAGGAAAUACUAGACAAGCAAGUACUCGGAGUUAUCGGAACUGAUCCAAUUGCAAGUUCAUCAAUUCCGCUGGCCAUGCCAUCUACUUCGACGACCGUGAUGCCAAUUUCCUCCAAUACCCAGCAGGUACAAAUAAUAAAUCAAACCAACCUAUCGCAGAUCAAACGUCCCAAUCCUGAAUCUCUUCCAACGAUGACCGUUAAGGAACAGCUGAUGCCUCGGAAGGAAGCCAUUCAAAUUCGACGCAGUGAUGGUCGAGUUAUUACUUUGCCUCCAAUCGAAGCGCCUGCCACGCGCUCGGCGAAACGACGUGCGCAAACAGGUCCUAGUUCAAGUUCGCCAUCAUCUGUAACUGUAACAGCAACGGUUGUAGCUUCAUCAACUACGGCACAUCACGGAAACCCUUCACCUUUAGCUGGUCAUCCUGUGUCGAAGAUUUCCAAACAUUUAGUGAAGCCAACCAGUGCCGCUGCUGUGCUUUACGAUGACGGAACCGGUAGCUUGUUAAUCGAUGAGAACAGAGGAAAGGGUAAUCGAAGCGGUACAUCGAGCAGAAGAACUUCGGAAUCUUCGUCGACUUCUGCGGGUACCCGGGGCAAACGAGCCAGUACAACAGCUGUUGCUGCUGCCGUUGCCGCUGCAGCUGAUGACGAUCUUGAAUCGGAUGAGAGCUGGAACUCGGAAGAUGAUCCGGAUAGACUGUGGUGCAUUUGUAAACAGCCGCACAAUAAUCGCUUUAUGAUCUGUUGUGACAUCUGCGAGGAUUGGUUCCACGGAAAGUGUGUCAACAUUACCAAAGCUAUGGGCCAACAGAUGGAAGAGGAUGGCAUCGAGUGGACUUGUCCAAACUGCCUGAAGAUGAAGCAAGAAAAACAACAACCAAAAAUGACGGAAUUUUUGGUAUCCAGUAGUAGCACUACUAGCGUCGAGGGUCCAACGGUGACUCAGGCAGUAGCACAUAAAGUGGCUACUGUUACCGCUUGCGUGGUUUGCGGUAAAGCUGCUCGAGCUAGUUCGGUAUAUUGCAGCGAUGAUUGCAUCCGCAAACAUGCAGGCUUGGCUCACGGUUCAACACAAAGCUCUCCGGUGGUUGCCACAAAAGCAGUAACAGCACCGUCAACUUCUGCGUCUCAGGUUACGAUUAAGGAAAAACCCAAGGAGCAAACUGUUUCGGCGAGCAAUAAACCCUCACACCCGCCUGUUGUGAUAAGAACGAACGUAAAAGUUGGUCCGAUUAUCGUUAUGGAGCGCACAACUGGUCGCUGUCUCACGGGCAAAAAUGCACCAACAGCGGAGAAUCUUCAACCAUGGCUGCUGAGUAAUCCGACAUUCGAACUCGUGCCACCCGGAAGCCCACAGGCUGUCAUUAUCCUCACCAAGCAGCAAAUGGCUAUGGAAGCUCAAAAGAAAGCCGCAGCUGCCAGUCACGGAGCAAAAGUACAAACACAACUGAGGUUAAGUGAACAGAAAAAACUGACUCUAGUUAACCCCGGUAUGCAACAGAAACAACAGCAGCAAAAUCAGUCCAAAGUGAUACAAGUAAAAAGCACAUCGAAAACAUCUACGAUAACCACGCCUAUUUCGAAGGGAAGUCCGGUUGGUACUCAUACUCCGAAAACACCAGUGGCCACAGCGAGGGUGGCAUCGAGUAGUCCAACAUUAACUGGCAGCUCAAUCAAGCAGCCGAAAAAGAUCACUCCUGAACCGAAGGUCGCUGCCAAAUCAACCUCGGGACCACCGGCAGGUGAAAAUAUCCGAGUUACUGUGAAGAAAACACUCAAGGAACAUCUCAUGCAGCGUACCAAUGAGCAAUGUGGCAAGGAUUCUCCUCGACUAAAUGACCAUGAGCUUGAUAAAUUUGCCGGAGCGAUUGAGGAGGAAAUGUUUGCGCUCUUCAACAAGGACACCGGUGCUAAGUAUCGUGCAAAAUAUCGCUCCCUGGUGUUCAACAUCAAGGACCGCAAGAAUCUGUCGCUUUUCCAGAAGAUUUGUGAGAAACGGAUCGAGGCGAAACAGUUGGUUCGCAUGACAGCCGAAGAGCUUGCCAGCCAGGAGCUGGCGCAGUGGCGUGAAAACGAGAACAAACACCAGCUGGAAAUGAUCAAGAAAUCGGAGCUGGAUCUGUUGGCGUGUGCGAAAAGUUACGUUCUUAAAACGCACAAGGGCGAAGAAGUUAUUGAAGGCAAAAAAGAUGAUCGCGUCCGGUUGGAUCCGAUGACCUCGGUAGAGGAUGUGGUGGCUGUGUUGAACAAUUCGACCGUUUCGAGUACUAGUGAGCUGGACAGUACACUGUCUCCAUCAAAGGAUGCCAGCAUUCGAUCAAAAGAUUUAGAUUUUGGAAGUUAUGGUAAAUACUCCGCGUCUGGGUCAUAUGGAAGUGGUUCGGCAACGGUUACAGGUGCAAGCGGAGGGGCAACCUCGGGAAGUGGAGUAUCUGCAUCUUCAGCUUCUACAUCGCUAUCUUCAUCGAAAAAGAAGGAAAAUAGAAGAAGCCGCAGCAGAAGUAGUAGCCGAGGUAGACACAGGGACAGAUCUAGGAGCAGGUCGAAACAUAAGCGACGACGAAGUAGGAGCCACGAUAGACACGGCAGUCGAGAGCGUGAUCGUGAUCGGGAUCGUGGCCGCGAAAGAGAACGAUCUCGACAUCGUGACCACAAAUCGGAACAUCGAUCGGACCACAAAAAGCAUGAACCAAAAGAAUUUCGUGAUAAAGAGAGAGAUAGAGAGAGGGUAACAGGUGAUGGCUCCAAAGAUGUGGAAGGGGUUGCUCUGGAGAAGGAUAAAAACGAAGCUCUUGGCAAAGCAGUUGAAGUGAAAAAACUAUCCAAGAAGAUGGACAACAGAUCAUUGCAAUUGGAGAGCUUUAAUUUGGUUGAUCAAAUUUUGGCCUCUGCCGAUGGCAGUGAUGGAAGAAAGGUGGAUGAUUCAUCGGGAAGAAGUGAAAAUGUCGAAUCCAAACAGCGUAAAACUUCUCCAGUUACGGUGGCAGCUACUGAGCAGGAUCAGGAACCUACCAGUACGGUGACGAUUCCAACGCCUCCCCAUUCCACCAGUUUCGAUAGCGAAUCCCCAAAAGCAGAUUUUAUCUCCAACAUCCCUAGCGACGUUUCCGAGGAGAUUCGUAAAAAAGCUUUGUAUGUACAUUGGACCGGAAACGUUCACAUGAUUGACCUAGCAACGGUCGAAAUGUCUAUGCGAUCUGUAAGUGGUGAUAUCGAAGAUAUCGCAAAAGAUUUUUCAGAAGAUCUCACUAUUUGUGGAACCAUUAAGCCGGAAAUCGUUUGGGAGUACAUUGGUCAGAUUAGAAAGAGCCCAAACAAGGAAGUUUGCUUGGUGCGGCUUCAUUCAAACGAAAGUUCCGCUUACUACACUCUUUAUUCUCAUUUGCUCACGCGAAAGCGAUACAGUGUUAUCAAGUCGCCCUCUUCAUCCAUCAAAGACUUCUACAUUUUCCCCUUGCCAGCCGAGCAAAUGAUCCCGAUGAUAUUGAAACCCCUGCGUGGUGUUGGUAUUAUUGAAGGAGAUAAAAAACCUGACCUAUUGCUGGGAAUUAUAGUGAAGAUUCAAAGCCAGCGUUUAGGAUCAUCACCUGUUACAAAAGGGUCUACUUCAACUAAGACGUCACGUCGAAGCACGAAAACAAGUACAAGUGUUGGUAGUUCUACAGCAGUUUCCCCAUCUUUUGCAUUGAUGCAGCAAGUCAUCACUAAAUAUGCCACCGUGAACAAAAAAGCUGUCGUCGAAUCUUCGAGCGGCACACCUCCACGUGUUAAGAGUCCGGUAGUGCAGGAAAAAGUUCCGGCAGCUUCGAGUAAAAAAGCUACUGCUGAUGUUAGUAGUGUUGUGACCUCGAAAAAGCGUCGUUCGGAAUCAGAAUCUCCUGAACAAAUAGAUAUGGAAAUUAUCAAGGCUCCAGUUUCGGUUAAAGCCGCACCGAAAGAUUCGCUGACAGCGGUGGUAAUCGACGACGACGACGACGAGGAACCGUAUUCUCCAGGCGGUGGUAGCGACGACAGCGAUAAUUUUGCUGACGUUACGGCCAUAGUAGAGAGCAAGUCGAAAUCGGUCGUCGAUCCAGAGUCAGAGCGAAUUCGUAUAGAAAUGGAGGAAAUCAACAGAAAGAUUGCAGAGGAAAAGAACGAAAUUGUAGGCAUCAUCAGUAAAGCCGAAUUAAAGGAGGAUGAGAUCAAAUCGACCCUACCUCCAUCGUUAAUCACCGAUAUAUCGAUUCCUUCGAAUUUGUCGGAAAUACUGGCUAGUAUUAAUAAGGCCGUUCCCCCAGCUGCUGAAAUUCCAGCAAAGGCAGCGGCUACUGAGCAAGCAAUAGAAAAAUCAGCAACUUCCCGUGUUGAAAACAACGACGAUGACGACGAAGACGAAUACAUCCCAUCGGCGCCAUCGUUCUAUUCCAGUUACAAAUCAAACUAUGCUGGUUAUAGUAGUACAGCGCCAUCUGUACCGGUUCACCAUGCAAAAUCAUCUUCAUCUGACAGCAAAUUGUCGAAACUAACCGACGAAGAGCUGCUCCGAAUGGUACCGGACGUGAGUUAUUUGCAGCCCCCUGUUACUCAUAGCAAGUCAACGUUGGGCACCAGUGACGGUGCACCAGAAGCAAAAAAAUCCAAGUGGGAAUCCAGUGAGCCUCCGCCACCAGGCAUGGAGGAUGAAGCAGACAUCGUUUAGUCGCUACCGGGUAUAUGGUAUGAUCUAAAUUGUACGUUAGAGCAGCAAAAAACGAAAUCUUGUGGAGAUUGAUUUUAAAAAUUAACUCUUUAAAUCGCUUUAACAUUCAUGAUGACAUGUGCAAAUAAAGUACGAAGUAGUUCACUUGUGUUAGCAGUAGUAAUCGCUUUAAAUUAUUGAACUUUGUAGAAAUUAGCAAAGUAUAAUAUCCUAGCAAAGUAUGACUAGUUUAAGUAAGGCAUAAACAAGUUUAAGUCUGAUCAGUUCUACUUAUAUUUCAAAAGUUUCUUUUUUCUUUUGUUUAUAGUUUGAGAAUCAACUUAAGGCUAACGUUAUGACGUCCGAUCGUGGAUGAAGAGUUCAUCUUUCGAUUUCAUUCAAACACUUUUCAACGUUAGAAGGCUCCUGUUUAGACUUUAUUGCUAUCCCCUAGCAGAUAGUGCACCAAUCUGUUAUGAUUGUAUUGUAUAGAUAACAAUCUAAUUUUUGAGAAAGCAUUGUUUAAGCGCAUUUAUCUAGAAUAAUAUAGCAUAAAUGCGGACCUACAGAUAAAAUUCAAGUUUGGAACUUGCAUAUGAAAUUGAUGGUUCGAAAGCAACAGUGUAAAAACAGCUAAAGUUAACUCUUAUGUACAAAUUUGAUUCAAAAAAGUGUCGUAAAUGGUCACUUAUGCUUGGUCCAUAUAUUUCUUGUGUAUUGGAUAAUCGAAAGUAAAAAUGUAUUAAAACGCUUAAA